CGGAAGUAGAAAUCUAUCCGGAAGUAAGCGUUGGUUCGGAAGUUAAAAAUGGAAGCGGCUGUGUUUAUUCUCUCGCUUGUCGACUGCUGCGCCUUGAUUUUCUUGUCUGUCUAUUUUAUAAUCACUCUGUCUGAUCUUGAAUGUGACUACAUUAAUGCCCGAGCUUGCUGUUCAAAGCUAAACAAAUGGGUUAUACCCGAGCUGAUCGGCCAAGCUCUAGCCACAUUGCUAAUGCUAGUCUCCAUGCACUGGUUUAUUUUCCUCCUCAAUGUACCGGUGGCAUCGUGGAAUGUUUACAGAUAUUUGAAGGUUCCUAUGGGUAACAUGGGAGUGUUCGACCCAACAGAGAUACACAACAGAGGACAGUUAAAGUCCCAUAUGAAAGAAGCCAUGAUCAAAUUAGGUUUCCACCUACUGUGCUUUUUCAUCUAUUUGUACAGUAUGAUCCUGGCACUGAUCAAUGAUUGAUGCAGCAGAGACGCAAGAACCUCAACUGCCAAAACCAUAAACUGUCCAAUUUGUGCUGUGAAUACGGUCAUCUCUCACAGCUAAAGCCAAUACAAAAAAAAAAAAAAAUACAGCAUCAAUCCACACUCCAGCAGACACAUCGUCAUUCUAUAACCAUCUCCUUAUUCAGUCGACUCGAGAGACUGGCGUUCCUGUGUUAUUUGCUCACAUAAUUGCAUUGAUGUAAAGCUUUGUGUAGUUUUUUUUUUUUUAUUUAGCUGAUUUUAAAGGCUCUCAAGCUGUAGCACUGUUCCCAUCUUGCGCUGCUUCUCAGGGCUGAAUCAACAAGACAAUCUCACUGACUCAUCAGAGCAACCGAUAAGCUUACAGCUCGUGAGCACGUCAUGUCUCCACACGCUUGUCUUAAAUGUGCUGUCAUUCUAAAUGUGUCCACCUGUCUCCCAGAUGGACACUUUUUUAAUUUGUAAAUUGCUGGAAUAAGCUCUGUGUAUAAUGUUUUUAUGUUCUUUACUUACUGUAAUUACUAAGAAUGAUUUUAAAUUGUAUUAAGCACAUUUUUAUUGACCAACUUGCCAUGAUUUAGGGAUAAGUUAGAACAUAUUUCACAUACAAUUAAUGCAAAGGUUUGUGUCCCUUUUUCUGAAGUGUUAUUCCUAUGUUUCCGGGGUGUCAUUGUUACCUCUAUGCCUUCUGGUUUUCAUUUUAACAAAUCUAUCAGUUCAUCUGCCCAGUUUGUUGGUGUGAGCCAUUCUCACAUUCAUUAUUAAAGUUGAGUCCAGUUAGAAUGAAAAA